AUCCUGUGAUGCAGAUUUCGCUGAAAUUAGAGAGAAAUACAAUGUGACGAAAGACAAGUGGAACGUGCUUUUGCUCGUGUCCCAAUCUCUUAUAAAACAACGAAUGAGGAGGUCCGAGUUUUAAUAUAAGUUUUCACCACACAUUAAGGGAUCAUAUAAGUGCUGCACGUCUGCUCGAAAAAGCGCAGUCUGUCACCCUGAACACAUUUCCAAAUUUGGAUUGGCGAAUUUUGUUCGAACUGAAGAAGAGGAAGAGCAAAGGACAGCUGGCAGAGAUCGCAACUUAAGUUGCUUUUGCAACAUAAAGCAAGAUGGAAAAGAUGAAAGACGGUAAUAAGGGGAAGCAGGUUACGUGUUUCCUAGUGUACUGUGUGUCAACAGCUGUCAUCGGCUCGCUGCAGUUUGGUUACAACACAGGAGUCAUCAAUGCACCUGAUGAGAAAGUAAAGAACUUCUUCAGAAACGUGACUCUGGUUCGUACCGGAGAGCCCAUGCAUGCCUCUACCGUCACAACAGUGUGGAGUAUUGCCGUGUCUAUCUUUAGCGUCGGAGGCAUGGUCGGCUCUCUCUGUGUUGGUGCUCUGGUUAACAAGCUUGGGAGGCGGAAGUCCAUGCUGGUGUCCAACAUCCUGGCUGUGAUUGGUGGAGGGCUGAUGGGAUUUUCCAACAUGUGCAACUCCCAUGAGAUGAUGAUAUUGGGCCGUCUGGUGAUCGGUGUGUUCUGUGGUCUGUGUACAGGGUUGACGCCUAUGUACGUGGGUGAAAUUGCUCCAACAGCACUGCGAGGGGCCUUUGGUACCCUUCACCAGCUUGGGGUGGUCAUCGGCAUCUUGGUGGCACAGAUCUUUGGUUUGGAGUCAUUGCUGGGGUCUCAGGAUAUGUGGCCAUUGCUGCUGGCUUUGACCACCUUACCGGCAGUGCUACAAAGUGUUCUGCUGAUUUUCUGUCCAGAAAGCCCUCGCUACCUGCUUAUCAAUUUGAAUAAAGAGGAAGAGGCCCGCCAGGUGCUGACACAUCUAUGUGGGCAUUCAGAUGUGGAGGAUGAUAUUCGGGAGAUGAAGGAAGAGGCCAUGAAGAUGGCCAUGGAGAAGAAGGUGUCGAUUCCAGAGCUGUUUCGCAACGCCGCCUACCGACAACCCAUCAUCAUUGCCAUAAUCCUGCAGCUAUCCCAGCAGCUGUCCGGUAUCAACGCUGUGUUUUAUUAUUCAACAGCAAUCUUUAGGAGUGCAGGUAUCACUGGGCCUGUCUUUGUCACUAUUGGGGCAGGAGCAGUCAACACUGUCUUCACCGUAGUAUCUCUCUUUCUGGUGGAGCGAGCGGGUAGAAGAACCCUUCAUAUGAUUGGACUGGCUGGAAUGGCCUUCUGCGCUCUUCUCAUGACCAUCUCUCUUGGACUAGUGAACCCUGCUAGACCAGCGGUGGAGGGCGGACUGUUUCCGAAUAGCACCGCCAUACCAACAUUACCUGAAGGAGGAACAUCAUUAGUCAGCAUUUUGGCCAUUGCAGCAGUGUUUGGAUUUGUGGCUAGUUUUGAAAUGGGACCUGGACCAAUCCCAUGGUUCAUAGUUGCAGAGUUAUUUGCCCAGGGUCCACGUCCGGCAGCCAUCGCUGUGGCUGGAUGCUCCAACUGGACUGCCAACUUCCUUGUUGGACUUCUGUUCCCACAACUAUUGGAACUGUGUGGUCCGUAUGUGUUCAUCAUAUUUUUCGUUCUCCUCAUCUUUUUCUUCAUCUUCACCUACUUCCGAGUUCCUGAGACCAAGGGACGGACCUUUGAAGACAUUGCCAGUGGAUUUGUCAAUACUGCAGGUCCAAAUGCUGUGAACUAUUCCUCUCCAGAGGGUGUAUUACCUCUACCUGUAUCCCCAUCAUCAGAGAAGAUCCAGAUGACUGAAUUGAGUGGACAGGAGACAGUAAAAAGUGGGAUAAAUCUAUAGAAAUUCCUAGGUGAAAUAAACAUGUAUGACACUGUUAAUGGUCGAACAUGACUUACAGCAGUUAAUUUCAAAACCGAGACAGUGGAUUAAAGCCCAUAUUUGCAGAUGAAAUAGCACAGAGUAGGAACAUUGGGUACAGUAUAUGGUAUUUACUAUGUGAUGAUGUUUCAGGGGUUGAAAUUGAUCUCAUUUCUGCUCAUUAUUACUGUAUCUGUUUGAUAAAUUAUAGAUUGAUAUUUGCACUGUUUUUAAACUGAUAUAUAUAUAUUUUUUAAAUUAAUGUUACAUACAAGCAUUACAGAUAGCAGCCAUAAAUCAAAUUACCCCAAUAAAUAUUUUCCUAUCAGCGUUUUAGAAUUCAGAAAGACGACGAGCUCAAGAGAUCCUCAACAAAUUGAGGUUCUUUCACUUGGAUUUUGUCAUUCCAGUUUAUGUAGUUAAUAAGUGUUGCAGACGUCCAGUUGAAUGAAGUAUGUGUUUAAAUGGUAUUGUUCAUCUCUAAAAUAAUUCGCAUGAUAUGCUAUCAUUCAGCAUCAUUGAAAAAACACUACUGAUGCAGGAACACAUGACAGCCCAGUGAUCGAAUGCAUUUAUAAUAAGUAUUUAACAUGUUCAUCCUCAUUAGUUUGCUUAUCAGGGUGGUUAAGAUCAUCAGUUUUUAUGUUUGCUACUGAUUAUAAUACUGUACUGUAUUACUACAUUAUGUUACAGUGUUUUCUUGUAUGUAUUUAACAUAUUUAUACUGUAUAUCUUUGUUAUAUUUAGAGCUUUCGUGAUUUUGUUACCCAUUUCAGAAGUGCUUAACAUGUAUUAAAAACCAUGACCUGAAUGUAUGUGUAAUGAUGAAAUGAGCAUUUCCUUUUAAUUUUUGGGAGAGAGAAUGAUUGAUAAAGAACACAUCCAUUCCAUUAGUCAUAAUGUGAUGUCACAUCAUGUGUUUGUGACUGUGUGCAUCAUAGGACCUCUGUGGAUAUGUUGAUAUAACUCUGACUUCAGUAUCAAAACUUCCUGAGAUUUAUGGUCUACCCAAUACAUCAUCCAACAAUUAUUGCUUUGAAAUAAAUUCACAAUAAUGUGUUUUCAAAUUUU